UGCCAUCCGCUCCGCUCAGCCAGUCCCAGACUGAAGACGCACCUGAAGAGUGCCACUAGUGGGCUUUGGGCUCAGCAAACAAAGAGAGAUACUGGGACUUUUUGCUGUGGAAACUUUGUGAAGAACAUUGAAGUUCACGUUCUUUCUUUUCUUUUUUCAUCCCCUUCAAUGCGAGGCAUACCUCUGCGCUGAGGAGGCCACCUGUGCGGACUUGUCCGCACCCCAAGUAGGGGAGUGAAACCCAAGCAGACACACCUUUCCCUGUUUUUUUGGCUAUUCGCCGCCCCAUCCCAGUCUCUACCGCUCUCUGAAAGCGGAGGAAUAACAGAUCAGCUCGCUGAAAUGUCCGCAAAUGAAAGAUCGACCCGAGCUUUCAGAGAGAUCCUGCAGAAGCCUGGAAAUGACGCCUGCGCAGACUGUGGCGCACCAGACCCUAAUUGGGGCUCCUGCACCCUGGGAGUGUUCAUCUGCCUGGCUUGCUCUGGAAUUCACCGCAACAUUCCUGACAUCAGCAAGGUCAAGUCGCUGACCCUGUCCCGCUGGGAGGACCACGAGUUGGAGUUCAUGGCACAGAAUGGCAAUGAGCUCAUGAAGAGCAAAUAUGAGGCCGCUGUUCCAGUCUAUUACUACAAACCAACCCACAAGGACUGCCAGGUGUUGAGGGAGCAGUGGAUACGAGCAAAGUACCAAAGGAGGGAGUUCUCUGAGCCUGGAAACUUCACUUAUGAAGAAAGAAUAAGAGAUGGCAUGUUGAUGAAGAGAGGGCGGGACAACGGGCAGUUCCUCAGCAGACGAUUUGUCCUUUCAGAGAGGGAGGGGACUCUGAAGUAUUUUACCAAAUAUGAUGCUAAGGAGCCCAAAGCACUGAUAAAGGUGGACAGCAUCAAUGCAACCUUCCAGCCAGAGAAGAUAGGAAACACCAACGGCCUGCAGAUUACUUACCUCAAAGACUACAGCACCCGAAAUAUGUUUGUCUACCAUGACAAUGGCAAGGAGAUUGUAGACUGGUUUAAUUCAAUUCGUGCUGUUCAGCUUCACUAUCUAAAGGUGGCCUUUCCCGGGGCAACCGAUGCUGAGCUGGUACCCAGACUUACCCGAAACUUUAUCAAGGAAGGAUAUAUGGAAAAGACAGGUCCCAGGCAAACAGAAGGUUUCAAGAAACGCUGGUUUACACUGGACCAAAGGCGGCUCAUGUACUUCAAAGAUCCACUGGAUGCCUUUGCCAAAGGUGAAGUUUUCCUUGGGAACAAGAACUAUGGUUACAGUGCCUCCUCCGGCUUGCCUGCUGGCACCCACUGCAAUGGUGCCUUUGAAUAUGGUAUCACCAUACAAACACCUGACCGCUGCUUUCUGUUUACUUGCGAGACAGAAAGUGACCAGCAGGACUGGCUGAAGCACUUCAAUGAUAUCAUGAGUGCUCAGAUGUCCCCACAGGAAUAUACAAUGGAGGCCACAUUCAGGCAUAAGCACUGAUGGAUCAGAAGCCUGAAGAACCACCUCCCCUCUCAGUUCAUGACCAGUGCGACAAAAGACCUGCUUCGCUUCUGCGUCACGGACCUGGAGUCUCAGCUUCUUUGUUACUGUGGUCACACUGGAACUUGCUUCAUAAUUCAAAUGGGAUGACAGGAUAUUAAGAAUGCAAAUAAGAGAAAGUAAUGACUGAUAAGACCAUUGUAUUGUCAAUGAUAUUAGCUUUUAUUGGUGAAAGUGGUAAGAUAAAAUUACUUACGGUUCAACCAAAUUUGUAAUAUUUUUAUUUUUUUAACUUACAAAUGCAUUCUUUGGGCUCAUGGUCAUGGUGGCCACUGCCCAUAUCAAAUACUAUGUAAACAAAAUAAUACUAUCCAUUGUUUCUCGUGGACCUGUGGUAUGCUAUGUAAAUACUGCUGUACAAAAUAGGGACAGUAGAAUUAAACGUAUGUCAAACAUAUAUUCUAACAAAAAACACUUUCAAAGUUAAAAGUAUUUGCUUUGGUCCUCUUGUAUUAAGUAUAAUGUGUUGUAAUGAUUGGGUAACGCUAAUGAGGUGCAGGUAGUCAAAUGUGCCUGUUUUCACAAAAGUCAUUUUGACAUGUCACAGUGAGAAAAUCACAGGUGAAAAUUAUACAGUUAAUGACACCUGAAUUUCAUUUUCUGACUUGGUUUGUUCAGUUACUGCUUGGUGCUUUUGGUACUGUGAUAAUUCCAAAUGUCUGCUGUGAAAAAAGACACAGUCAAACAGGAACAGAACAUUUAUCAUCCAGUUACUGUGUGGUACAAUCAAACUGAGGUAUGUGUAGGGUUUUUUGUUUUUUGUAAUUUUAUUCUUUUAAUUAAAAGCAAUAUAACGUACUUAGGCAUUUCUUUAAUCAUCUAUUUUGCAAGUAAAGCAAACACAAAUGUAUAUAUUUUUAAAGUCGUCUAUCAAAGAUCUGUUGGAAAGACAAUAAAGCAGGUUUGCAGAAAAGCUGUUAACACAACAAAACCUUGGAUGGUGUAACAGCUCCUUCAUGUGGCAUAAAGUGCAUAUAUAUUCAAAUCUUUUUUUAAAAUAGACAAGAAUGCCAUUAAGUUAUUUUGUCUACAUUGUCAUCAGUGUCAAAAAAAACCCAAAUCAGACAUUUGAGUUGACAUUUUUUCUUUUUUCGCUUCCUUCCUCUGGUUAAAAGGUACUUGUCUAUGUUGAUAUGUGCAUUUUUAAGCAUAUGCUUGACUAUGGCUGCCAUAGAAUAUGAAAUUGUUGCUGA